AUGGAAGCAACUGCUGACGACUUGCUGUCCUUCAAGGAGUUUCCGCUAAUAGAAGAAACUAGCGGAAGUAGCGCACAAAUUAAUAUCAACUCACCACAACGCACAACGGCUAGCUCGGCCGUCGAAACGCACGAUGAUCCAGCCACUCAAGGAGACAGCUCAUCGAAGCCUGCAUCAAUUCUAAGCUUCAAGUACUAUCAGCAAUUUUUCGACGUUGAUACAAUGACCGUUGUGGAUCGUAUCGCCACCGCAAUGGUUCCGAAGCGCGCUCCGGCGAACUACUUGAAGCUAAACAUUGCCUCGAACCCGGAUCUGUAUGGCCCUGUUUGGAUUGUGCUUACGCUGAUUUUCACGAUCGCCAUUUCGGGCAACAUGGCAAGCUACUUGCAAAGCACAGGAAACCAUCAUUGGCGUUACAGCUACCACCUAGUCUCGUAUUCCGCCACGGCCAUCAUUUUGUAUACGGUGCUCGUACCCACUGCUCUGUGGGCAAUUUUGAGGUGGAGCGCAAAGCCCGUCGAUCUGGACAUCGAAGAAGAUGCACCCCGAUCGCCAAGUCUACUGUCGCUCAUUUGCGUGUACGGAUACUCGCUGGCCAUCUACAUUCCUGUUUCCGUCCUGUGGACCGUACAAGUUUCACUAAUACAAUGGUUGCUGGUCAUCACCGGAGCUUUCCUUUCGAGUUUCGCCCUGCUCACGGUGCUGAUACCGGCCAUUAAGAAGUCCAGGUAUUCGCUGUUUAUAGUGCUGGCCAUCGAGUUGGCACACUUUGUCCUCGCAGCCGGUUUUAUGCUGUACUUUUUCCACGCACCGGAAACCGAAGCACCAGUUGAAACCUUGACGAAGGCCUCCAGUGUCGCCAGUGUAGUGGUCAAUACUACCAUGCAAAGUAAGAAAAUGUAAAUCUGCAUACGUUAUCCGUAAUACACACGUAUCUAAUC